AUGCUUCCUGUCUGCAUAGCAGGGGCGUCGCUGGAUGCCAUCAGAGAUGGAUUGGGGACAGUCCUGCAGGGAGGUGCUGAGGGGCGGAGCUGCGUCAAUCGGCCCCACACCAGGUGGGUGUGGGGGCCGCUGAACCCAGGUCACCAAUGAGAGCUGUGAACCCAGCCUGACCCCUUGACCGAGGUGCUUUCAGGGCACAAGGGAGAUGCAGGAGCCUGUGGCUGCUGUCACUUCUGCCCUCAGUUCAUAAAUGCUUUCUGCACGUCUCCGUGCUUGGCAAGGGGCCUGGAUGGAAGGGCCAAUGAGGAGACGCCCAUCCUCCAGACACCGUGCCUCCCUACGAAGGUCGGCACCCCAAGCAUCACUGUGCCUCCCCCUAAAGGCCAGCAGCCCCGAGCAUCACUGUGCCUCCCCCCAAAGGCCAGCAGCCCCAAGCAUCACUGUGCCUCCCCCCAAAGGCCAGCAGCCCCGAGCAGGGCCCUGGGGAGAGACCAGGGGGGCAGAGGAGGGGCAGGAGAGUCAGAAGUGAGGGGCCCGGACUUGAGUAGGGUCCGGACGGCACCUGAGGGUUUCUGCAAGGUGGACUCGCCGGGCGGGAAACUGGCACCCCCACGCCCUGGGAAGCUUGAGGUGCCAUCAGGACAACUGGGCUAUUCCAGUGACGUACUGGGGAUCUGGGAAAUGGCCCCUCGGAGUUCCGUGAGCUCUGUCUGGAAGGUCCCCAUUCGUUUCCCGUUCCCCGCUCUGCUCCACGGGGAUGCCACGAGGCUGCAGUUCCCUGACGCCGGCGUCUGCUCUGUCCCCAGCCCACCGCCCUGA